CUUUUCUCCUCCAAGCUAGCUAUUGUUAUUAGCCAGAUCCAAACCAAACAACUUCUGCAUCCUUCAUCCGGAGCUAUGGAAGCAGCUUUGGUAGGUGCCGCGUCUCGCUUCAUGGUCGAUAAGGUGGCAGUUCUCCUCAAACUCGACGAGAAACUCAAGACCAUAACUGGUACCAAAAGGAAGAUGGAGAAGCUCAAGGAGCUGGCCCCGAUCAUUGACACGGUGAUCCAACACAUCGAGUCCCGCCCUUUGAUGGAAGAUGCUGUGAAGGAGUUGCUGAAGAAGCUCAAAUACUUGGCAUACGAUCUCGAGGAUGUUGUGGAUUACUAUGACACCAAAGUCUUCCAGAAGAAGCAGAGAUCAAAGUCUCUUUUAAGGCCGGUGAGUGUUUUCUUCUCCGCAGAUAAUCAAGUUGCGUUUAAGAGUAGGGUAGGUGGCAUGAUAAAAGCUAUAACAGACAGCCUGGAUUCUAUUUUGCUGCAAAACUCCAUUCUUUCCAAUUUGCUACAAGAACAAGGCAGCAUCCCCAUGUCGGAACCAAGUCUCAACAACAGAGAGACCCACUCCCGCAAUAGCUUUGUUGUUAUAGGGAGAGAACCAGAGAAGAAUAAGAUUGUCGACAUGUUAACAAAGGAUGAUGAUGAUGAUGAUGAUGAUGAAAGCCACCAUGGCACAGUGAAGGUCAUUGCCAUCGUUGGGAUGGGUGGCCUAGGGAAGACUACACUUGCUCAGCAUGUUUACAAUGAUGCUAGGGUGCAAGACCAUUUUGCAAGUCCAACAAUGUGGAAAGUUGUUGGGGCUGAAUUUAAUCCCACAAAGAUAAUGAAGUCUUUAUUAGAAUUGGCUACUGGAGGUUCAUCAGUCAACAGCUUCGAAAUAGAUUUAGUGAAGCGGAAGCUAGAAGAAGAAUUAUCUGGGAAGAGAUUUCUGCUGGUUCUUGACGAUGUGUGGAACGAUAACGAGCUACAGUGGGGUGUACUGAAAGCAGCCUUAACAUGUGGGGCGAGAGGAAGUAAAAUUUUAGUGACAACCCGUAGUAAAUGGGUCUCUUCAAUUAUGAGCUCAUCCGAUACCACUCACCAACUACAACAGUUGUCCGGAGAUGAUUGUCUGUCCUUGUUUCAACGAUUUGCAUUUGGAGAUCAAGCAGUGGAUCAAAACUUAAUGGCAAUUGGUGCAAAGGUUGUUGAGAAAUGUGGCGGCGUUCCCUUGGCUGCCAUAUCUCUCGGUAGCAUGCUCCGUAGCACUCGAGAGGAAAAUUACUGGUCCUCGGUAUUGAACAGUGAAAUAUGGAAGCUGGGAAAUCAGGAAGAUAAAGUGUUAGCUGUAUUAAAGUUGAGCUACGACGCUCUCCCUCUACGGUCAAAGAGGUGUUUUGCAUUUGCUUCCCUAUUCUCAAAAGAUGUUACGAUGAAAAAGGAUGAACUGAUAAAACUGUGGAUAGCAAAUGGUUUCGUACGUUCAGAAGGAAACUUUGAUGCUGAAACAGUGGGCAAGCAUGUCUUUGAUGAUCUUGUGCUAAGAUCAUUCUUUCUCUUGGUACCUUCUAAAUAUGUAACCGAGUGCACGAUGCAUGAUUUAAUGUAUGAUCUGGCACGAUCAGUCUCUGCAGAUGCAUAUUGGAAUUCCUAUCAAGACUCGGUGGAAAAUUUUGGAAACAGAACAUAUCAUUUGCAAAUCGAUCGAAGAAAGUUUCCAAACAUGACUCAGGACUUAGGCAAGAAACCUUUGUACUUGCGCACCUUUAUGCACAUAUAUACAUUUUCACAUUUGAGUAUCAAUCUGCUUGAACUCUUCUCAGAACUUAAACCAUUGCACUUGCGGGCGUUAGAUUUAACUCACGGUGGCAUCAGGGAGGUGCCGACGUCAAUAGGAAUUCUGAUACAUUUGAGGUACCUCAACUUAUCAUGGAAUGAUAUUGAAGUUCUACCGGACUCCAUAACUCUUCUCCCUAAUUUACAGUAUUUCAAUCUCAGUUUCAAUCAUAAACUUCGAGAGCUACCAAAAGAGUUAGGGAAUAUACAAAAUCUUCGGGAUCUUGAUUUACAAACUUAUUCUAGAUUCAUCACACACAUGCCCUGUGGAUUAUCUCGACUAACUAAUCUUCGAAGUUUACCUCUCUUUAUUGCUGGUGACAAAACUGGUGCAUGCUCAAUUAUAGAGCUUGAGAAUUUGAAACUUCAUGGAAAAAUGGUAAUUCAAUUUUCAGAAGAUUUUAAGAAUUAUUCUUGUGAUGGAAGAAAAAUCUUGAAGAAUAUAGAUCUUAAUGAACUGUGCAUAGAGUUUAAUGAAAGAUAUGACAAAGACAUGUUCGUUGAUCUUUGUCCCAACACGAGCUUAAAGAAGUUAGACAUAUGCCGUUAUAGGAGCCCACAAUUUCCAGCAUGGUUGAUGGAGUCACAGUUGCCAAAUUUGGUUGAAGUUAGUCUUGGAAACUGCAGGGGCUGUGAGCUUAUUCCUCCGUUUGGAAAUCUACAGUUUCUUAAGAAGCUUGACUUAGACUAUAUGGAUGGCAUUACACACUUGGGUGCUGAGUUCCAUGGUUACAGAGGCUUUCCUUCCCUUCGAGAACUCAGCUUGGUACGGAUGUUUAAUUUAGAGGAAUGGUCAGAGUCUCAUGUUGUCGAUCAGUUGUUUCCUUUACUGCGAAAGUUGUUGAUUUCCUGGUGUCCUAAAUUGAAAAGUACACCGAGACUUCCUAGAAUCCAAGAGCUUAAGAUAUCAUACAGCGAGAGCAUACUCUCAUGUAUCGGAAGAUUCACUUCUCUUUCUCUUCUCCAACUAACGGGGAUGCCUGACAUAGCAUCUCUUCCAAGUGGCUCCAUCAGAAACCUCACAUCCUUGACCAAAUUUCAAAUUAGAAACUGCAGACAACUCCAAUCUCUUCCUGUGGAUGAAAUGCAGUUCCUAGAAAUGCUUCGUUCAUUGACCAUUGAAGAGUGUGAUAAUUUGGUAUUCUUCCCGUCGGAAGUGGGGAGUCUCAGUUUUCUUUGUUUUCGAUGGAAUGGUGUGAUACCGCAGCCAAAAGAACUCGUUCAAAUCUUGAAUUUAGUAGAUGAGUUCCAAAUAGAGAUUUGUGAUAACAAAGUUGAUUUACGUGGGCAACUGCAAUACUUAACACACGCUCAAAAAAUUAUGUCUAUUUGGUUCACAUCUUAACAAUCAAUUAAUGUUUCAGUACGGAAUCAAAACAUUAAGUAUUUGUUGUUGUGAUGUUGGAGUCGUUUAUGACAGCAGAAGCAGCAAGCAGUACUGAACUUGAACAACUAUACAUAAAUAGAUUUUCCAAUCUCACGACCUUGCCUGACUGGCUACAGCAUCUCAAGUCUCUUCGUAUACUAUCAAUCUGGAACUGCCCACGAUUAGAAAGGGUGCCAAGGGAUUUGAAGAAUCUACCUAUGUUGAAAACUUUGAACAUUGUCGGUUGCCCACAACUUAAAAGUAGAUGUGCAAGGGAGACUGGUGAAGAUUGGCCAAUCAUCUCAAAUGUUCCAAAUGUUAAUAUUGAAUAGGCUCCUCCAGCCCGACAUGGUUCGAAAGGUAAGUUAGAAAAUCAUUUUAGUUGAAUAAAAUAACAUAUCAUUAUAUGUAUUUCUAUAGUUGCACAGCUAAACUAUGUCUUUGUUGUGAUAUAAUAUGAUUUCUUUUUCUUUUGUAAAAAAGUUUAUUUAUUUUUAUUUAAUUUAGCUAAUUAUUGAAAAGUGAUAGUGUUCAAACUCAUCCACUUUAUACUAACCUUGAUAUUUUAGUUUAGUAAGCAAGUUGUUCAAUCCCAUCAUAUACUCAUUUUCAAAAAGAUUUUCCAUAUAUGGAAUCUUAGAGCUUUCAGAAUUCUCAUGAAAAAAAAUUCUUGACAAAAUUUAGACAUUUAAUAUAUAUAUUUCUUGAUAAAAUGUAUACUAUCGAAAGGCACUAUAUAUAUGUUUUGUUUGCAGCAACGGCUUAUAAGCAAUCACAAAUGUAUUGUAAUUCAAAUGUGAUAAUACUGAUUGGAAUACUUCUAAAAUAACUGGAUGAAAGUCGAGGGAGGAGGUUGAGCAUGUAUAGAUCAUAGUUAUUGUUUAAAGGUGCAUCUGUCAUGCCUUAUGAAGUUCUUCGCACAUAUGUGAUUUAUUUUAUGUCACACUGUGAUUUAUUUUAUUGUUGGAUAUACUAUGAUUUUUGUCUUUUUAAGGAUUAUUACUAUGUUGUGUGAGAAAUUUUGUUGCUUUAUGGUGGAUAGUUAUGCAAUAAAUAAACAAUUUGAUAUUGA